AUGCCAUCAUCUAAAGGAAAGCCUACGGAUCCCAAACUUCGAGAAGAGGUGAAAGAGAAGGUGCAGAAUGAGACUAACAAGGACGGAUCUGGAAAAGGUCAAUGGAGUGCUUGGAAGGCCGCCAAGCUUUCCAAGGAGUACGAAGCUGAAGGAGGAGGAUACGAGAAUGAAGCAGGGUCCAAAAACGAACCCGAAAAAGGCGCUCCUAAACAUAAAUCAAAUGCAAAGAAAGCCGCCGAAGAGAAAGCUGAAGCUGGAUCUGGCGAAGACGACAAGGAGAAGAAAAGUGAAAAACCCAAAUCAAAAGGUGCAGCAACUAAGAAAGACGAAGAGAAACCGAAAUCCAAGACUGCAGCAACAACCAAGAAAGAUGAAGAAAAACCUAAGUCUAAAGGUAGUGCAGAAAAGAAAGAUGAUAAACCAAAAUCUAAAGGUAAAGCGGCAGCUGAUAAGCCAAAAUCAAAAGGUAAAGAAGAAACUGCAACCAAAACUGAACCUGAGAAACCUAAAUCAAAGGGUAAAGCAGAGAAACCAGCUUCUGCUUCUAAGAAAGACGAUAAACCUGCUUCUACUAGAGGAAAGAGAAAGUCAGACGUUGGUGAAGCUGACGAUGCCAAGAAGACAAAGAAGACUAAGGCAUAA